GGCUAUUUGAAAUUUUUCUACUGCUCACGUUACUUAUAUUCCAAAUGUCUGGAUUUGACCCAGUUUCUGACUUUCUUGCUCGUGAACAGGAGGCUCUUGGGGAUUUAGGUGAUGAUUUGAAGCUUAGCGAAGAUAUUUCAAAUACCGAGGUCUCUGAUCCCAGUUAUGUGUUUCUUAAUGGACAAUCUACAAUGAAUGGCUCUAAUUUUGGACACAAUUUGGCUGAACCUGAUUGUAGAGCUAACAAUUCUGUUCAUGAUUUCAACACAAUUGUAUCAUCUGACAGUAAUGUUGGUGGAACUGAGUCUUGGCGGGAGGAAUUCGAGAAAAGAAUUAAGGCUAAAGAUGCUGAAGAAGAAAAAAAAUGUGCUGAGUUGAUGGAAACAGGAAAAAAGGAGUUAAAUCAUUGGUACAAAGAAUAUCACCAAAGAUUAGAAACAAAAUCCCGUGAAUUGCGUGAGAAAAAAACAUGAUUCAAAUGGUCAUUUCAUGAAUGGUGAUGGUAGCAAACCAUCUGUGAAAGAUACAGCCGUUUGGGAGAGUAUUUGCAAUUUAUGUGAUUUUCAAGUAUGCGUUUAAUAUAUCAUUUUAUUUGAUUACCUAACCUGUUAAAAAACUUGGUAAUUUCUUUUCAUUGAAGAUAAAUUAGAUCUUUCAUGGUUAGAAAAAAUACAUUAAUUAAAAGCGUUGGUUACACAAGACUCGACGUGUAAUCACUGGAUUUUAAUUGUUUGAAUCCUGUUCUAUUUAUUUUAGUCAGAGCAACCCCAGUUGUGUUAUAGCUUAAAGCCCUUGGUACUUAGUCUCGGUAUAUAUCCGUAAUUUUACUUAAUUCAGCAUCUGGUCAAAAUGAUCAGUAAAAAAACGAUUAAAAAAUACCCGUCAAAUAGCAGUAUAAGUUUGUUUUUUAAUUGUGAAAUACGUAAGUCUCAAGGCAAGAAAGUAAUUAGUGCUUAGGUGUUUCCGUGUUUUAGAUAUAUUAAGUAACUUGGCAUUAAGUUGUUCUCUUAUUUAAUUUCAUCUUAAGUCCUCGUUAACUAUAUUGAACACAGUUUAAAUUUCUUAACUGGAUUCUAUUUUAAUUCAUUUAUUUAAAUAUGUACUUCUAAUGUAUCACUGUCAGAUGCGGAAAUAUUCAUGGUCUUGUUUGUACGCGUGAGUGGAACGUCGACCUAAUAAAUCACUUUAUUAUAAAUUAUACAAUCUACAGAGUUUUAUAUAUAAGGCUGUACAUGAUGGAAAACCGGAGGUACACGAAUAAACCUUAAGUAAUUUUCUAUGGUCCUGGAGUUUUGUUUAUUUGUUCACUUAUUUAAUUGUUGAAACUAUGAAACAUUACAACCGCCUAAUUAGCGACAUACAAUUCUAGUUGGCAUUCGAAUUGUUCAAUGGAAGACCAAUGUCUGAAAGACGAAGAUAUGAGGCCAUUCCAUAAAUUCUCUAAUUUGUAUUCAUUAUCCUUUGCUAUCUUUAACUAUUAUAACGAUGUGGUACUAUGUACUUUAAUUCUAGUGAGUUAGAACAGUUGUCUCUUAAGUAUCGUUUACGACUGAUUAGUAGACAGUUGCUAUUUUAAUGACACAACGCCUCAGGAAAAUUGUUAUUGAGCUUGUUCUAUUAAUGAUCUGUUGAAAAGUGAAAUCUAUUUCGUCAACUUCAAACAAACAGCAUAUGUACAGUUAUAAAUAUCUAAAUUUUCAUUUUCCUCUUCCCAUAAGGUUUAGGUAUUCUGCGUAUUUGGCCUCAGAGUACUUUAGAGAUAUGUCUAGCUAACAACUGAAAUCCUUGUAAUGUUAAGAUAUGAAAGUGUGUUCUGUAUAGAGAUUUACUUCCAGCAAUCUUCUAAGUUCCCUUAAGAAUUGUACUUUGUUAAAUUCAAUUUACUUACUGUUAGUAUUCAAAGCAGCGCUUACAGACCUUUUCGUAGAUGUCACCCCACCAACAAUCGAAGAAAUCAUCAUGGCCACCAUGACCAGGCAAAAUACCAGCUGAAUCACUGAAGUCAGACAAGGAUUCUCAGCAUUCUAUUCAGGAAGAUUUGAGAGGAAGAACAAUUCCCGACAGACUGAAAAGAAGGACACCUCAUCAAAAUAUCAAAGAAAGGAGAUCUGAACAAAUGUGAGAACUACAGAGGCAUCACACUACUAUCAGUACCAGGAAAGUUUUUCAACAGAAUGUUGCUGAGCCGGAUAAAUGACUCAGUAGACGCCCAACUUCGAAAUCAACAGGCGGAUUCUGUAAGGAUCGGUCGUGCGCAGACCGAUUCGCAACACUGCGGAUCAUCGUUGAGCAAUCAAUUAAAUGGAACUCGUCACUUUACAUCAACUUCCUGAACUAUGGGAAAGCAUUUGACAGUGUAUAGGAUGGCCUUAUGGAACCUUGUUCGACACUGUGGUGUACCUGAGAAAAUCGUCAACAUCAAACAGGAUUCAUACGACGGACUACACUGCAAAGUGGUGCAUAGAAGACAUUUGACAGAUGUAUUCCAAAUGAAGACUGGUGUCAGACAAGGCUGCUUAAUCUCCCGCUUUCUCUCUCUUCUGGUAGUUGACUGGAUUAUGAAAACCUCCACAUCUGAGGGAAAGCACGGAAUACAGUGUGCAGUUUAGAUGCACCUAGACGAUUCGGAAUUCGCAUGUGAUCUAGUCCUUUUAUCCUAUGCACAGCAACAAGUGCAGAUGAAGACAGCCAUUGUAGCCUUAACUUCUGCAUCAGUAGGCCUCAAUAUACACAACGGAGAAAUCAAGAUCCUAAAAUACAACACAGCGACCACCAACCGAAGCCCAGGACAGUGUAGUUUGGAGAUUGCUGGUCGGUAGCCUAUUCUCCACAAGGGUUAACAGGGUCCAAGCAAAAAACUGCAAUUGAUACGUCAAGAAUGCGUAGUAUUCUACUCUCUCUUAAACCGAACAAUUAAUAUACACUAUUCAUGGAAUAUCAAUGAAAACAAUUUGUGCCUAUACCCUGUUUUACUGUUUUGUCUUCUUUCAAUAAUAUAAACAAGUGUGAUUUCUACUAAAUAGGGAAAAAAAGUGCCUUGUUAUAUGUUAUAUAAUGUUUGGAAUUUGUAUUUUCUCUCACCUAACUAAUUAUUGACAAUUGGAUAAUUAAUUUCAUCUUGGUUUUGUUCAUUAAAACAUGACAAUAUAUAUAUUUCCUCCCUCUUUUUAUCUAAAUAAAUUUUGAUAAAAAUGGUUUAUGUUUAUCCUAAGUUGAUAAUAAUUCUUUAUUAGGCAUAUACAUUACGCUAUCAAUGUUUGGUUGUGUCAGUUAAUUCUCUUUUUUUGUGUGUGGAACAAAUACAAAUGAAUUUUGGUUUUUACAACAUAUAUUUUUGUAAGCGAAUAGUUCUACCAUUUAUUGGUUCGUUUCUCUGCCUUAUAUUAACAUUCAGAAUUAUAGGUGUUUGCAAUUAUGAUUUGUGUCAGUGUUUGUUACUUUUCUGUCGGUAUGUUUGUCCGAAAAGGCGUGUUUUUGUCUGUGUGUGUGUGUGUUGUGCUUCAUAUAUUUUUUCUUAACAAUUUAUACUGUGAAUAAAUAAAUGACUUAAUUGAUACUUGUUGUUUUCUUUGUCUUUUAUCGAUAAUGUUUUGAAAAGUUAUACAUAUAUGUAUGUUUGUAUUUGGUGUGUGUGUGUUAUUGUAUUUGUAGUUCGUCGGGUAUCCUGAACUUCUGUCAAUUCUGUAGUCACGAGUUGUUUAAAUUUUAUGAUUAGGUUUAUAUACAGCAGCUUAUAUAUAUAAGUUCACCUACCAAGUACCGGUUUAUGUACUCAGCUG